AGCAUCGAGGGUUUUAUUGUGGAUGAGAGUAUGGUGGCUCAAUCACUAAACCUUCCCUUAACUGCAUUUACUUCACCAACAACCUCUCUAUCGAUUCGAUGGAUAAAUUUCACAUGCUUUUAUUACGGUAUUGCAAGACAAGAAUGGAUAGAGAAGAAUCAGUGGCUUCAAACAGUCAAAGCCAAACCCAUUGCAAGACAAGAAGGAAAUGGCAACAAAAGCAAAAGGAAGUUCAAAAUUGAUAACUUUGUACGAAUUGUGGUCAACAUUAGAUGAAGACUUUAAAGCCUUAAUUAACAACAUAAUUGAUAAUAAUGGGGAUGGUAGUUCUUUGUUAAGACUCUUGAGACUUAUCCCCGAUAAACGUGUAGAAAUUUCAACAUUUUUGUUGCAAGAGUUCAUGACACUUUAUGAACAUAUAGAAAAUGAUUUUUAUUUUCGGGUUUGUGGUCAACAACGCAUGAACGUCACAUUGGAGGAUGUUUUUAUUUUUGACCCAUUUGCCUAUUAUAGGCAGACCAAUUGUCCCCAUUAACAAUAGAGAUCCACAUGCUUUCAAUCGACUUUUUUCAGAAAGUCCAUCUUUACUUUCCCUAGUCAAGUUGAGAAAUAUUUGUUGUGAUACAAAUAGAAAUGAUGAUGACAGGAUCAAGGCUGUCCUUCUAAUGAUUGUGACAUGCUUGAUUGCUCCAAAUGGGAAUGGACAGAAUUGCAAUACUUCUUACGUCCAAUUUAUCGAAAAAUUGGACGAAGUUAACUCUUAUGCUUGGGGAGCUGCAAUGUUAGCAUACUUGUAUCAAGGCAUGAAGGGAUGGAAGACCGAUGAUAAGGCAAUUGACGGCUUCACCUGGCUUAUAAUGGGCUUCUUCUUUUCUCAUUUUAGAGGUCUUUAUUCGAUCUUCAAUAUUACUGUGGAGGAAAAUCAGGCUCUUGAUAAGCCAAAACUGGCAUAUUUGAUAGAGUCACUUGAGAGAAUAGGCGCAAACCACCUCAAGAAGGCCAACAGCGCAUUACAAUUGAAGUUGAAUUUGGUACAUGACCUCCUGAGAACGGAGGAGAAUAUAGAAGCAGAUAUGAGACCCAUUACUUGGCAUCCAUACAAUUUAGAAAUGUUGCCCCCCCACCUACAUGAUCAGAUCCAGUAUCGUACUGUCGUCACCCCUUUAUUUUGCUACAACUAUGUGGAGCAUCAUCGUCCACAUGUUGUAGCAAAACAAUUUGAAGUCCUUGAUGAGGUUGACUUACAAGAUGUUGGAUCUGAUCUGAAAACGAUAAAAUUCAAAGCAAAUAAAGGAAAUAAUUCAAUCAAUUUCCGAGAAUAUUAUAAAAAAGAGGUGAUACAAUGGGAGGAAAUUGGUAGUCGGUUAGCAGAAAACUACCACCCUGGUCAACAAUCCACUCCCGAGCCAGAAGCUGCUCACCAAAGCUCGGUGAAGCAUUUUGAAGAGUCAAAGUGUGAGAGCACGAAGAAGCAUUUUGAAGAGUCCAAGGCUUGAAGCAAAGAGCACCUGAGAACUGGACCUUUAGAUUAUAUGGAGUAUAGUUGAUCAUGCUCUACUUAUGUUAUAUUUUUGCUUUGUCUUUGACCAGCACCAAGCCUGUUGGAUGGGGUCACUCUUAUUAUUAUUGAUGUAUCCAAACUGAGUUUCCACUCUUCUUAUAUAUGAGAAGUUUUUUGUCUUUGCAAAAUC